CGUUGUCUGAAUAUGGGGAAACGGAAAGAGAAGACAGGUUUUAUGCAUGGCUAUAAAAUGCUAGGUUUGGAACACUUUUGUGCUGCAAUUCGGGGAGAAGACUCUGCACUGUUCACUUUUAUAAUUUGCUUGGGUUAUUGUUUUAAUAAAGCAAAACUCUUUCCAAUGGUGAUGCGUUAAGAUUAUUUUAAACAGGUCUCUGAGUAAUUGAGUAGUCUAUUAUUUGAAUUUAUACAUAAAUCUCCAAAAAGAAUCGCAUAGCAGCAGGGACCUUCCACUGAACGGGUCGGACCCUGGUGGGAAGAGUAUUGAAGCUUCUAUUGCAUCUCAUGAUACAAGAGGUGUUCUGGAAAGUUCUCCAUCCCCAGGAGCAGAAGCCGCCAUUACGCGAGAUGAAUGUAAACAAAAUUCAGUGAAUCUGUUCAGUGAAGCUCCUCCCAUUGCAAUCACAUCAUCAGUGAAGCUCCUCCCAAAACAAUCACAUUAUCAUCAGUGACGCACCUCCCACAAUAAUCGCAUCAUCAGUAAAGCUCCUCCCACAACAAUCACAUCAUCAACAGUGAAGUUCCUCCCACAAAAAAUUGCAUCAACAGUAAAGCUCCUCCCACAAUAAUCACAUCAUCAUCAGUGAAGCUCCUCCCACAACAAUCACAUCAUCAUUGAAGCUCCUCCCAGAGCAAUCACAUCAUCAUCAGUGAAGCUCCUCCCACAACAAUCACAUCAUCAUCAGUGAAGCUCAAGUGAAGAGGAUCAUCAAAUCAUCAGGAAGAGAUGAAAUCUGCAAAGGCUGAGUUUAUUAAAGGGGACAGAGAGAAGAUAAGAGAUCCAAAACCCUGUAAAAUCAAACACACUGAAGAUACUAAAGAACAAACAGUGUUGAUAGAAGAUAAUGAGGAGAAAGAAGAAUUGAGUGAUGUUGAGGAUAAAAAUCAUGUCAGAAGUGAUGAAAAACCUGAGAAAAGAAGAGACAAAAAAUCUUUCCCCUGCACUCAGUGUAGAAAGAGUUUCAGCCGCAAAUGUCUUCUCACGCGACACAUGAGAGUUCAUACUGGAGAGAAACCGUUCACUUGUGAUCAGUGCGGGAGGAGUUUCUCACAAUCAGCAAACCUUCAGCUACACAUGAACAUCCACACUGGAGAGAAACCACACACAUGUGAUCAAUGCGGGAAGAGUUUCACACGGUCAUCAAACCUUAUGACACACAUGAACAUCCACACUAGAGAGAAGCUGUACACAUGUGAUCAAUGUGGGAAAACAUUUCUGUGGUCUUCAAACCUGACAACACACCUGAAACUUCAUGCAAAGGAGAAACCACAUUCAUGUCAUUUGUGUGGAAAGAGUUUUUUACUUCUAAAAGAUUUGAUAAAACAUCAGAAAAUACAUACUGGUGUGAGAGAGUACAUGUGCUUUGAGUGUGAAAAGACUUUUAUUACAUCUUACCAUUUAAAACAGCAUGAAAGGAUCCACACUGGAGAUAAACCUUACAAGUGUUCACACUGUGACAAAAGAUUCAGUGUCUCAUCACAUCUGAAAAGACAUGAGAGGAUCCACACUGGAGAGAAACCUUACAAGUGUUCACACUGUGACGAGAGAUUCAGUGUGUCAUCACAUCUGAAAAAACACGAGAGGAUUCACACUGGAGAGAAACCUUUUAAGUGUUCACACUGUGACGAGAGAUUCAGACAGUUAGGAAAUCUGAAAAGACAUGAGAGGAUCCACACUGGAAAGAAACUGUAUCAGUAGGUUUGGGUACAGAAACCAGGUACCAAAAUGGCACCGGUACCUAUGUAACCAGUAUGUACCAGAACCGAAUUAGGACGCAGAUAUUGGUGUCUCAUGAGUGAUCAAUUGAAUAUUGAAUAUUUGUCCACUGAUUCUCUGAAACAGAUGUAAGAAGCAUUAUCACUGUGAAAAAUAAUUGCCUGACUGAGAAAAUGCAUGUAAACGCAAAUUGAAAAACUGUGAUAAUACAAAUCCAACAAAUCUUUGUAGUAAUACGAAUGUUCGUGCUGUUUUCACAUUGUGACAGGAAAUGAGAGCAUCUAAGGAGAGCGUGAAUGCCGUAAUUACAUUUGCUCUGACAGCAACAGGCAAAAGCAAUGCAAGGUAUCUACCUUAAAUCCUCUGUCUUUAAGGAUGGCUUUGAUCAACACCAGAUCGGUGAUUAACAAGACUUUCAUUUUAAAAGACUUGUUCUCUACCCGAAACUUGGAUUUUUUUUAUUUCUUACUGAAACCUGGCCCUGUCCAGGUGAUCUGAGUCCUUUGAACUCUUGCCAUCUAAAUGUUUGUUUUUUAAUUCUCCAUGCACAACUGGUCGGGGUGGCGGACUUGUAUUUAUUUAUAAAGAUCAUUUUACCUGUCGCUCAGUGGUGAGUAACGUUAACUUCAGCAGCUUUGAACUUCAACUGUUUGUUUCAGAACUUGGUGAUCCGCUUUUCAUAGCGGUAAUCUGUCGACCACCAAAAUCUAAUACAAACUUUCUAACAGAGUUUGCUGAGUUCCUGAGUGAUGUGACUCCGAUAUACUAUUUAAAAAGCAUAUAAUUAUACUCUGUGAUUUUAAUGUUCAUAUUUGCUGCAUGAAUGAUCAUUUAGCAAAGGGGUUUACCCAUUUGCUGAACGCCUUUGACUUUUCUAUUGUGGUUAAUGGUCCCACUCAUAAGGAUGGCCAUACACUUGACUUAGUGCUUUUGAUUUAGAAGUCUGUGAAAAUGGGUUUUCCGGUCAUAAGUCUGUUUUGUUUACUGUACCAUGUUCUACUGCUGCACCUAUAGUCCCAUCUCGUGGCCGUCUUUCUCGGCGUAUUACUCAUACUACCAAAGACUCUUUUUCAUCAAUUUUUCAUGAAGUGAUGCCUUCUAUUACUGACUUUUCCUGUGAUGUUAGCGUUGAUGAACUCUCCAGAUUUAACUCCACCUGUUCUAAUGUUUUAAAUGCUGUGGCUCCUUUAAGGACUUUUCAGUCUAAAGCCCGUUCUGAACCCUGGAUUGAUGAUUCUAUUCGUUCUCUCAGACGUUGUUGUAGAAGAGCAGAACGAAAGUGGAAAAAGGACAGGCUUCAUGUUUCCUUUGAGAUUUUAAAGGACUCUCUUUUUAAAUAUCAGAAAGCAGUGAUAAAAGCAAAAUGUUGACAUUUGUCAGAUAUUAUUAACAAAAACUGUUCUAGACCAAAGACUCUUUUUAACAUUAUUAAUGCUACUCUUAAUCCGUCGGCCUGUCGUUUUUCUGGGGAUUCUUCUCUUUCAUGUGAAGAAUUUUUAUUAUUUUUCAAUGGUAAAAUUAGGGAUCUCCGGCUGGGGAUAACUCCCUUGUUUUGUAAUCCAUCUAAUUCCUCCAUCGCAAAUACAUUUUUAGUAAGUUUAAACUAAUCUAUCUUCCAGAUUUGCUGGAAAUAGUUGAGCACCUAAAGCCCUCAGGCUCGUCCUUGGAUAUUAUUCCUCCUUUUUUACUUAAGCAAGUUUUAAUUGACAUCGCUCCAUAUCUUUUGUUCAUCGUUAAUCGCAGUUUAGAAUCUGGCAUUAUGCCUGACUGUUAAAAGCAUGCAGUGGUUUACCCACUGCUUAAAAAACAGAAUCAGGACUCAUCAGUUUUAACAAAUUUUAGGCCAAUUUCUAAUUUGCCUUUUAUCUCAAAGAUUCUGGAGAAAAUAGUGUUUUCACAGUUACAAAAUUUUAUCUGACAAUUCAAUGUUUGAAACAUUUCAGUCAGGUUUUCGUAAAUGCGAUUCUACCGAGACUGCACUCUUGAGGGUCCUUAAUGAUAUUUUGAUAUCAUGUGAUUCAGGUGAUUUUGCAGUCCUGGUGCUCUUGGAUUUGACGGCUGCUUUCGAUAUAGUCGAUCAUGCUAUUCUCAUUGACCGUUUAGAACAUUGUGCUGAUCUAAGAGGUGUUGCUCUAGAUUGGUUUAAAUCAUAUUUUGCAAAUAGGAGUUUUUCAGUCAAGAUGGGUGAACAUUACUCGAGUAACGCUUAUUUGCCCUGUGGGGUUCCUCAGGGUUCUAUUUUGGCUCCUUUGCUUUUUUCCCUCUAUAUGCUCCCACUUGGCUCAAUUUUUAGAAAACAUGGUUUGUCAUUUCACUGUUAUGUUAUUUCACUGUUAUGUUAUGCAGAUGACACUCAGGUUUAUUUGCCUGAGGGUCUCUGUGGGUCUUGAGUCUCUUAUGACAUGUUUGGCAGAUGUAAAGACUUGGCUUUCCUUAAAUUUUUUAAUUUUCAGUGAAAAGAAAACUGAAAUUAUAUUUUUUGGUCCAUCUGAAUUUCCAAAUUCCCCAAAAAUUUAUUUGGGAGGGAUGACUCUGUGUUUAAAAUCAUGGGUAAAAAAACUUGGCUUCAUUUUUGAAGAUUGUUUGAAGUUUGACCGACAAAUAAAUUCAGUUGUCAAAUCUUGCUUUUUUCAGCUGCAUCUGCUUUCU